UGCACCGCCUCUGUAUUUUCUACGUUGCUUCCCCCCAAAUCGCCCUCUAUAAAUAACUGAUCCAAGCCAAAAAGAUUUCAUAACAGAUUUUGCGAACUCUGUUUAGGGAGAAAAGAAGAAAAUAAAAGAAAAAAGAAGCUAUGGGGGAUGAUCAACAAGAAUCGGAUCCUCAAGAAAUUCAUUCGGGUUCAAUCACAGGUGAAUUGGAUACAGUUGCAGAUGCCCCGAAAGAAGUGGUUUCAGUUGCUCAUGAUUACUCCGACAUUAGCCUUCGGCUGCUUGAUUUAUCCGAUGCCGACGAUUUCAUGGAAUGGUUCACAGACGAAAAAGUGGCUAAAUUCUGUUCUUGGGAUUGUUUCGUUUCUAAAGAAGAUGCAAUAAACUACGUUGCUGAUUUUGUUAUACCCCAUCCAUGGUACAGGGCGAUUUGCCUGAAAAACAAGCCCAUUGGUUCGAUUUCUGUGUGGCCAUUCCGUGGAAAAGAUCGAUGCAGGGCCGAAAUCGGUUAUGUUUUGGGAUCAAAGUAUUGGGGCAACGGGAUUGCUACCAAGGCGGUGAAAAUGGCGACUUCCUUUGUGUUUCUUGAGUGGCCUCAUCUUGAAAGGCUUGAAGGUUUAGUUGAUGUUGAGAAUGUUGGGUCACAAAGGGUGUUGGAAAAGGCAGGUUUUACUAGGGAAGGUGUUCUUAGGAAGUAUUGUCUUCUUAAAGGAAAAAUACCAAGAGACAUGAUUAUGUUUAGCAUUCUUUCAACUGAUCCUCAAGUGAACUACUUCAUAUGCGAUUAAAGGCGAAUUCAGGGAACAAAUCGCGUCUCAAGCGCAUAAUCGACAUCCUGGAAAUCCCGAAUUCAUUAUCUCGCUAGCAGACUUGAUGUAAGGCCCUUUUCUCAUAGACACGGAAAAGAUUGGAUUUGUGGUUAGGGAAGUGAUGCAAUUGGUGUGGAUUGGAUGGCACAAAUGUCACUUUGUAGCUGAAGAUAGUGAGAAUUGUGCUUGUUGUAUGUAAUUUUUUGUUGGCUUAAUGACUAGUUUCUUUUCAGUGUAUAACGAACAAUUCUAGACUUAUGAGAUUUGCAUAUCUUCAAGGCAACGACUGAAAAAACUAACAAAAAAAUUGGGUUAACUUCACUACUUUCCCUCAUAGAUAAAAUAUUAACAGUUCUAAGAUUCUGGAUAAGAGCACAGCUUUUGAAGCUCUAACAACAGACAAAAAGGUAGGAAAUUAGGAUCAUUUCUAGGUUCCUAGUACUAAUCACAACUUACUAAAAAGGUUAAAUUCAGUCCUAAUAUAUAUGAACAUCAUGAUUCCACAAGAAGUUCCAACCAUCAUUACCAUCUCCUCCAACAAUUACCCAAAAGUUCAAGUAUGAAUCCGCAAAAAGCAUUCUGUUCAAUUUUCCUGGCAAACAUCAACAAGAAAGUGCUUAAUCUCACAAACCAAGGUGCUCAAAAGCCCAGAUCAGCAUUCAAAAAGGAGAACAGAAAUGUCAUCAUCUCCAACCCAGAGCACUAAUCAACUUUCAUUUUCUUUGCUUCUUUUUCACACCUCCUUCUACCAUUGCAAAGAACCUAGGAUGCCACUUCACCCUGAACCCUUUUCCCAUGAUUUUCUUCUUCCCAGCAGCAUUCUCCUUCUUCCUCCUAUUCUUCAUUUCUUCUCCUGCCUCUUUACCAUCAUCCUCAGUUAGGUGAAUUUCAACAACAUUGCAAUUCUCAGGCUUCCUUUUCUGAUGUCCAUCCUGCCUUGCUCCGCAACCCGGAUCCCCACCCGGACCCGAAACCUUCCUAGCAUCUUUUCUACCGGUUCUUAAACCAUUGUCAAACUGGGCUUUCAAAUCCGGGUCGCCUAAAACCUCUCCGGCUUUCAGAAUCCAUUCCCGAGCCUCAUCGGCAAAUGGGUAAGGGUUUCUCUUAGGGUAAGGGUUUACAAGACCGUACAGAUGGUCGAACCGGGCCCGGAUAGCCUUAAGGUCGUUAGUAAAACGGGGAAGGUCGAGAACGGCGUACCAGUCCGGCGGUGGUUCGGUUUGGGUAACUGAAGCCGGGCAAACGGAAAGAAUUGAGGUUAUAGCGAGAAGCUGUGCCGGACCCGGGUGAUUCGGGUUGGCUUCUAGGGCCUUCGAGGCGCAUAUCCGGCAUUUUUCGAAGUUCCGGUAAGUUAGAAAGGAUUUGGCUGCUUUCAGUAGUGAAUCGACUGUGGUUCCGGAUGGGUCGGGUUGUUGACCUUUGCUUCCCAUAGUUUCCGAUCGUUCAGAAGGGAGAGAAAGCCGUCGGAGAGAGAUGCCUUUUCUGAUUAGUAUUUGUUGUGUUUGCUAAAAUGAUCGGAGUUAUACUAUUUACGAGGCGGCGCGCUA